AUGACUGUCGCGAACCCGAAUGCCGUGGCUGACUUGGUCCUGCGCCGGUUCGGGGAGCUGCCGGCCAAGAGGAAGCCUGCGGUCAGAGACAAUGGCCUGCACGAGUGGGUUCCCCUGAGCGGCAUCGUUACUGAGCGGGAUGGCGUCCUGACGUGUCUGUCUCUUGCGACAGGCAUGAAGUGUCUCCCGGCCGCCAAACUCCCCCAGGCAAAGGGGAACGCCCUCCACGACUGGCACGCUGAGGUCCUCGCCAUCCGCGCCUUCAACCGGCAUCUCCUGGAUGAAUGCCGCCAGCUCCUGUCAGGGGAGUCAACCCUCGUCAGACGCCGUGAACAUCACGAGAUAUCCCCAGACGCGCCCCAGCCGUUCGCAAUACAGGACGGCGUCGCGCUGCACAUGUACUGCACCGAAGCGCCAUGCGGCGACGCAAGCAUGGAACUCACCAUGGCCGCGCAGGAGGACGCUUCGCCGUGGGAUAUGCCCGCCGCUGCUCCCUCCGAAGACGCCGGCACGCUCCCCGGACGGGCCUACUUCUCCCGCCUCGGCGUCGUCCGCCGCAAGCCCGCGCGCGGCGACGCCCCGCCCACCAUGUCCAAAUCCUGCUCGGACAAAAUCGCCCUGAAGCAGUGCACCUCCCUUCUCUCCUCUUUAACCUCGCUGCUCAUCUACCCGGGCAACGCCUACCUCUCCUCCCUCAUCCUCCCGGAGACGCAGUACUCCGCCGCCGGGUGCGAGAGGGCCUUCUCCGCGCGUGGCCGCAUGGCGAGUCUUGACGGCCAGGCGUGGAGUGGCGGGUACAGGUUCGCGCCGUUCGAGGUGCGCACCACGGAGCGGGAGUUUGCGUUCUCGAAGCGGGAAGUGAAGGCACGCGCGGAGAAGAUUGCGGCGAGUAAUCUGGCCGCGGCGUGGACUGCCGGCGGGCUUGAGGAGGGGAUGAUGGGGGGCGUGUUGCAGGGCCGCAAGGCGUUUGAUGCCAGGGGCGCGAGUGCGGUGUCGAGGCGGAGGAUGUGGGAGGAGGUUGCGGCGAUUGCGGAUGAGCUCGGAGAUGAUGGGGAGGGGUUGAGGAGUGCACUGGCUGGGGUGACGUAUGCGGAUGUCAAAGGAAGCGAGAUGCUUGCGGCGAGACGGGAAGUCAAGAUGGAGGCGAGGAGGGAGGCUCUGGCUGGCUGGGUUGCCAAUGUCGGGGAUGACAAGUUUGAGCUGCCCAAGAGGUGA